AUGAGUAAAACCCAAUCUAUAGGACAUUUGCCGCCAUCGACGGGUUCAGAUGUAAGCCGCAGUGAACCGCAGUGGUCAUGGAAGGAAGACAAUGAUGAAGAUACAGGUAUUGCUGAGAAGCCACAUACGGUUACAAGUGCUGAUACAUAUUCUAGUGGUAGUGUUGGUAGUGGUGAAGAUGAAGUUGAACUAGAUCGUGCCUUGACUUCUUAUUUUGAUGUCGCAGAUGCUAUGCGUAUUCAGACUAAUGAGGGUAGUCGGGGGCAGAUCAAGUUAGAAGAUAGUGAAAGUGGUAAUGAGGAAGGAGCUAAAGAAUAUGAUGGAAAUGAUCUUGACGAUGAUGAUAACUUGAAAAAAGUUUUUACAAAUCAUUCUACCGGUGAAAUUGAUUUACCACCAGACGGAGGUUACGGAUGGGUUGUAACGCUUUGUGUGUUUCUAGUAAUGUUUUCCACUUGGGGAUGCAACUCUGGGUUUGGUAUAUUUUUGGCCUUUUAUCUAAAGAGUGGUGCAUUUGCAGGUGCCAAUAAAUUUGACUAUGCUACUAUUGCAGGUAUAACGGUGGCAUGCGGUCAAGGAUUUGCACCAUUUGUUGUAGUAUGUUACAGAGUGAUUGGUUGUAAACCAACGAUGUUAAUUGGGACUGUUUUCAUGUUUGCAGGAUUUUUAAUGGCGUCAUUUGCUAAGAGUCUAUGGGAAUUAUAUUUGACCCAAGGGUUACUUGUAGGGCUUUCCAUUUCAUUUAGUUAUGUUCCCGCAACUGUUGUUCUUCCAGGUUGGUUUUUAAAGAAAAGAGCUUAUGCUAUUGGUAUUUCCUAUAUGGGUACCGGUUGUGGUGGUGUGACCUAUGGUUUGGCGGUUAAUAAGAUGAUUAACAACAGCCAUAGUACAAGAUGGGCUUUACGUGUAUUGUGCAUUAGUUGUACGUGUUCUAUGCUCGUAGCGAUUGCUCUUUUAAAGCAAAGAAAUCCUUUGCCUAUAACUGGAAUUAAACGUUGGGGACCAAUUUGGGAACAAUUUAAAAUUGUUUUCAAUAUUAAAGUUGCUAAAAAUCCAAUAUCGCUAACCAUAGCUAUUUGGUUUGGCUUUUCACUUUUCGGAUACAAUUUAAUGAUGUAUACUUUAUCAUCCUAUGCACAGGCAAGAGGUUUGUCAGCGCAUGAUGGUUCUACUUUAACCGCCAUCACCAACGCAGCUCAAGUCGUUGGUAGGCCUAUAAUGGGAUUGUUAGGUGAUAGAUUCGGUAGAACUAACACUACGAUUGUGCUGAGUGCUUUAUUGACAAUAUUCCUAUUCGCAUUUUGGAUUCCAUCUCACACCUUUGUACAGCUGAUUUUUUUCUGCAUUUGUAUGGGGAGUUGUGUCGGUGUCGCUCAAGUUAUGGUUACAGUUUUAAUUGCAGAUUUGGUUGGUCCAGAAGCCUUUUUAGCAUCAUGGGCCUUUGCCAAUGCUGGACCUGCGCCUUAUUUGUUAUGUUGUGAAAUCAUAGCACAGGCAUUGGUUACCAACAGCAAAUCGAGUCCGUAUUUACACACACAAUGCUAUGGUGGAGCCUGCUUUGCCAUCUCACUAAUAUUGAUUUUCAUUUUAAGAGAAAGAGCUGUACGUCUGAAAUUGGGCAAAAUGGCGGAACAAGAAGGAGUUGGUUUCAACGGUAAGAACGAUAUUGAGGUUCAUUCUGACGUUAAUUUUACCCAUGAUUACAGUUCACUCUUGGGUAAAUCACCUACCAAAUACCUAAGAAGACUCACAUAUCCAAUGAGGAUAUAA